AGAAACCCCACAAAACUCCCCGUUCUACCCCCACCUCCGAUUCGUGCCGUCCGCCCCUCCGCCGUCUCCAGUCUCCGCCCCUCCUCUUCCGUUCCGCCGCUCUCCCCCUCGCCAGCUCGCCACACUCCCGAGUCCCGUCCCCGUUCCCGAGGGGGCGCGCGGAGUCGCGGAACGGCCCACCCAUCCCCGAUGGCUGCCUCUCUCGUCCACGCCGCGGCCCCGCUCCCGAGCCCGGGCCUCGCCUCCGCCCCGUCGCUACGCCUCGCGCGCUCCUCGUCCUCCACCUCCCGUCGCCGCCUCGAGGUUUCGCUCCGGGCGGUCUCGGCGGGGCAUCGUCUCGCCGGGAGGGGCGCACCCCGGGGUCGCCGCGUCGUCGCGGCCCUCGCGGGGGAGGAAACCGAGGGUUCAGAGGUGGGCGAUGACAAGGAUGACAUCAAGGUGGAGAUAAAUUCCGAGGAGGCUCAGGAAACAUGGAAGGUAAUGCUAGAGCAGUUCAAGGCCGAGGCCCUGCGAAUGCAGGCCCUGUCAAUGCAGGCAUAUGAUGUCUACUCCAAGAGGACGAGGGAGGUGCUAUUGGAAGCCUCGGAGAAGUUGAGGAUCCAUGCAGACAAAGCGCAGAAGGAUCUGAGCAUGAUCGCUACCGAGAUUGGGCAGGAGGGACAGGAAUAUCUCGUGAUGGCAGCACAGAACUCCCCAGAUUCGAUCAAGGAUAUCACCGAGACAUUCAGGGCUCUUGGCAGUUUGAGUUGGCCAUCACAAUAUAAGGAUUAUCAUUUGGGCAUUCCCUUCGGUACCUUUCUUACCGUAGGGGGUUUCCUCAACUUCAUGUUGACUGGAAGUACCUCUGCACUUCGUUUUGGUGUUGUUCUUGGCUUUGCAUUGUUGGUUCUAGGUAUCUCAAGUUUGAGAUCACAAAAAGAACGCGGUCGCCCAUCUCGUCUUCUGUUGAAAGGGCAAGCUGCAAUUGCAAGUGUCAUCUUUUUCAGAGAAUUGUCAGUUUUACUCCAGAAUGGCUGGUUUCCAACAAUCUUCAUGGUCCUCCUCAGUGGGACGGUGGCAACCUUUUGCAUUUAUCGCAUUGCAACUUGGGGUCACAAAGAUCCGAGCAGCAAGAGUGAUUCAGUGAACUAAUGCACUUGAUCAAAUGUUUAUGCAGCGUGGAUUUGGAAAACUGACCCUUUGCUUUCGAUUUCCUUCAGCUCAACUCAGGCAACCUCGGUUUCUCUCUAGUGUUUUAGGUGUCUCUGAACAGUGCCACAUGGAUUCAGAAGAAUUGCCUGCUUACUCGUCCCUCAUGGCCGCAGUCCUUUGUUCCUUUACUCAUGUAAUAUAGAUGAUAGGCGGAACAAGAAUAAGAAAUGGCCUUCAAAGGUCAACAAGUCAUGAUGUACGUAGCUAUUUAGUAUUUCUGUUGUUUAUUGGACGGGAAGUAAUGCUGCAAGUUCAAUGUUUAGUGAGAUCACCAAAAACUGUCAGCAGUAUUCUUUUCAGUAGUUUGCUGCUUGCCCUCAAUUAUAGCUGGUGGAUGAUAAGUCGAUAACAGGAGGCAGUGACGUUGAUCCCUUUCUGCUCUAUUUGUUGUUUUGUUAGAUUAUUUGGCCAUAUGCUGUUUUACAUGAUUUGAAAUCUAUUCGUUCAUUGCUUACUGCA